AUGGUUGCUGUGACCCGCUCUCUCCUGGCGCUGCUGCUCUGCCAGGUGCUGCUGGGCGGCGCGGCCGGCCUCAUGCCGGAGGUGGGCCGGCGGCGUUUCAUCGAGCCGGGCCGCGCCGCCUCAGCUGCGCAGCGUCCCGAGGACCUCCUCAGCGAGUUCGAGCUGCGCCUGCUCCACAUGUUCGGCUUGAAGCGGCGGCCCAGCCCCGGCAAGAACGUCGUCAUCCCCCCCUACAUGCUCGACCUCUACCGUCUGCACGCGGGCCAGCAACUGGGGCAGCCGUCGGCGCUCGGAUACCCAUUGGAGAGGGCCACCAGCCGCGCCAACACGGUCCGCAGCUUCCACCACGAAGAAGUUUUGGAAGAACUGCCAGAAACAAGUGGGAAAACAGCACGACGUUUCUUCUUUAAUUUAACUUCCAUCCCUAAUGAGGAGUCUAUCACCUCAGCUGAACUCCAGAUUUUUCGGGAACAGGUGCACGGAGCCUUUGAGAACAGCAGCAGCUACCAUCACCGUAUUAAUAUUUAUGAAAUUAUAAAGCCAGCCACAGCCACCUCUAAGGACCCUGUCACAAGACUUUUGGACACCAGGUUGGUGCAUCAUAAUGCAAGUAAAUGGGAAAGUUUUGAUGUAACACCAGCUGUUUUGAGGUGGAUUGCACAUGGACAACCUAAUCAUGGGUUUGUGGUAGAGGUGGUUCACUUGGACAAAGAGAACAGUGCCUCCAAGAGGCACGUUAGGAUUAGCAGGUCUUUACAUCAGGAUGAAGAUAGCUGGUCUCAGCUCAGGCCAUUAUUAGUAACGUUUGGGCAUGAUGGCAAGGGACACCCGCUUCAUAAAAGAGAAAAGCGUCAAGCAAAACACAAACAGCGUAAACGCCACAAAUACAGUUGCAAAAGGCAUCCGUUAUAUGUGGACUUCAAUGAUGUGGGGUGGAAUGACUGGAUUGUUGCCCCUCCAGGGUAUAGUGCCUUUUACUGCCAUGGGGAAUGUCCUUUUCCAUUGGCAGAUCAUCUAAACUCAACAAACCAUGCCAUUGUUCAGACUUUGGUCAAUUCAGUGAAUUCCAAAAUCCCCAAGGCUUGCUGUGUGCCGACAGAACUGAGUGCUAUUUCCAUGCUCUACCUUGAUGAAAAUGAGAAAGUUGUAUUAAAGAACUAUCAAGAUAUGGUUGUGGAGGGUUGUGGGUGCCGCUAA